AUGCAGCGAGCUUUUACUUCCUCCCGGGCUUCGGUCCUCUCCUCCGCUUCCUCCACACGCGCUCCUCUCUCGCGAUUCCGAUCUGCUGGAGUGGGUCUGCAGCAGCAGCGAUUUGCUCAUAAGGAACUCAAAUUCGGCGUAGAGGCCCGCGCUUCUCUCCUCAAGGGUAUCGAUACCCUUGCAAAGGCUGUAACCACUACUCUCGGCCCAAAGGGACGAAAUGUCCUGAUUGAAUCCCCCUACGGUUCCCCAAAGAUUACCAAGGACGGCGUUACUGUUGCCAAGGCUGUGACCCUUCAAGACAAAUUCGAGAACCUGGGUGCUCGUCUCCUCCAGGACGUUGCCUCCAAGACCAACGAGGUUGCUGGUGACGGCACUACUACUGCAACCGUGCUUGCCCGGGCUAUUUUCUCAGAAACCGUUAAGAAUGUCGCUGCUGGAUGCAACCCCAUGGAUCUCAGGAGAGGUAUCCAGUCUGCCGUUGAAGCCGUUGUCGAGUACCUGCAGACGAACAAGCGGGAUAUCACCACCACUGAAGAGAUUGCCCAGGUCGCUACUAUCUCUGCCAACGGUGAUACCCAUGUUGGCAAGCUGAUCUCCAAUGCCAUGGAGAAGGUCGGAAAGGAAGGUGUUAUUACUGUCAAGGACGGAAAGACCAUCGACGAUGAGUUAGAGGUCACCGAGGGCAUGCGAUUCGACCGUGGCUAUGUAUCCCCAUACUUCAUUACCGAUACCAAGGCGCAGAAGGUCGAAUUUGAGAAGCCCCUGAUUCUGCUUUCUGAGAAGAAAAUCUCUGCAGUCCAAGAUAUUAUUCCAGCCCUGGAAGCCUCCACAAGUCUCCGACGCCCUCUCGUUAUCAUUGCAGAGGACAUCGAAGGUGAAGCCCUCGCCGUCUGUAUCCUCAACAAGCUCCGGGGCCAACUGCAAGUUGCUGCCGUCAAAGCCCCAGGAUUUGGCGACAACCGCAAAUCCAUCCUUGGCGACAUCGGCAUCCUAACCAAUGCCACUGUUUUCACCGACGAGCUCGACCUCAAACUCGAAAAAGCAACUCCAGACAUGCUCGGCUCCACUGGCUCCAUCACUAUCACAAAGGAAGACACCAUCAUCCUUAACGGUGAAGGUAGCAAGGACGCCAUCGCCCAACGCUGCGAGCAGAUCCGCUCCGUCAUCUCCGAUCCAGCAACCUCCGACUACGAAAAGGAGAAACUCCAAGAACGCCUCGCCAAGCUCUCCGGCGGCGUCGCCGUAAUUAAAGUGGGCGGGGCCUCCGAGAUCGAAGUAGGCGAGAAAAAGGACCGCGUCGUCGACGCACUGAACGCCACCCGCGCCGCCGUCGAAGAAGGCAUCCUUCCCGGCGGUGGCACGGCCCUCCUCAAAGCCGCUGCCAACGGCCUCACAUCCCUCAACCCGACCAACUUCGACCAGAAACUCGGAAUCUCCAUCAUCAAGAACGCCAUCACGCGUCCCGCGCGCACCAUCGUCGAAAACUCCGGGCUUGAGGGCUCCGUUAUCGUUGGGAAACUGACGGACGACUUCGCGGGCGAUUUCAACCGGGGCUUCGACAGUGCGAGGGGGGAGUAUGUGGAUAUGAUAGGGGCGGGGAUUGUGGAUCCGUUGAAGGUUGUGAGGACGGCUCUGGUAGAUGCUAGCGGGGUCGCGUCGUUGUUGGGGACCACGGAGGUGGCGAUUGUUGAGGCGCCGGAGGAGAAGGUACCUGCUGGGUCUGGUGCGGGUGGCAUGGGUGGUGGCAUGGGCGGUAUGGGCGGGGGUAUGUUCUAG